ACUGGCGAGAAUUAUCUGUAGAGAGAGCAAAGUAUCUAAGUUGAACAGUAGAAAGAAGAAGUGCUGCUCAAAUCCUCUCCCGCCAUGACUGCCUUCUCUGUUCUCUCCUCUCUUUCUUACUCUCCUUUCACAGUACACAGCACCGACAAACUCUCGCCGCUUCCUCUGCUCAAACCAUUUCUCCGAUUCCAGUUCUUCCACGCCAGGAACCACUCUCACUUCGCAGCUGCCUACAAGUUUCCAAACUCAAUUUUCCCUAUUGAAUCGUCUUCUCAACUCUCCGAAGAUGAAAACGAAGCGGAAUCUGAUGAGGAAGACGAUGAGGAUGAUGUCGCGGCGGAAGAGUACGGCGCUGUUUCAGGUGAAAUCGGUGGAGACAGUGAAGGAGAGGAGGAGGAGGAGGAAGACGAUGACGGCGUUUCGGAGGACAGUGACGGUAUUGGUGAGAAGUUUGGUGUUAGUGGCAAUGAUUCGAGAUUUGAGGAGUUGAAGUGGCAGAGAGUGGAGAGGAUUAGGAAUGAAGUGCGGGAGUUUGGUGAGGAGAUCAUUGAUGUCGAGGAGCUGGCCUCCAUUUACAACUUCAGAAUUGAUAAAUUUCAGCGACUGGCUAUUCAAGCAUUUUUGCGAGGUUCUUCAGUUGUAGUUUCUGCACCAACUAGUAGUGGCAAAACUUUGAUUGCUGAAUCUGCAGCAGUCGCCACUGUAGCCCGUGGAAGGAGAUUGUUUUACACUACUCCUCUCAAAGCUUUGUCGAAUCAGAAAUUUCGCGAUUUCCGUGAGACAUUUGGUGAUAGUAAUGUUGGGCUUCUUACUGGAGAUUCUGCAGUUAAUAAAGAUGCUCAAAUUUUGAUAAUGACCACAGAGAUUUUGCGCAACAUGCUGUAUCAAAGUGUUGGAAUGGCUUCCUCUGAAAGUGCACUUGCCCAUGUGGACGUGAUUAUUUUGGAUGAAGUACAUUACUUGAGUGACAUAUCUCGGGGUACAGUUUGGGAGGAGAUUGUAAUUUAUUGUCCUAAAGAAGUGCAACUUAUCUGUCUGUCAGCAACUGUUGCAAACCCAGAUGAGUUGGCAGGUUGGAUUGGCCAGAUUCACGGGAAAACUGAGUUAGUAACAUCAUCAAAGCGUCCAGUUCCAUUGACUUGGCACUUUUCGACAAAGACAGCACUAUUACCACUUCUUGAUGAGAAAGGCACUGGCAUGAACAGGAAGCUAUCUCUCAACCAGUUACAACUUGAUUCAUCAGGAACUAGUCCUUACAAGGAUGAGGGGUCUAGAAGAAGAAAAUCAAGAAAACAUCAGCUUGACGUGCCUACACUUUCAAGGAAUGACAUGAACUCUAUUCGUCGUUCACAAGUCCCUCAAGUUAUAGAUACAUUGUGGCAUCUGAAAGGAAGAGAUAUGCUUCCAGCAGUAUGGUUCAUCUUUAGCAGAAAAGGUUGUGAUGCGGCUGUUAAGUAUCUUGAAGAGUGCCAGCUAUUGGAUGACUGCGAGAUAACUGAAGUAGAGCUGGCGCUAAAGAGGUUUCGCAUUCAAUAUCCUGAUGCUGUAAGGGAGUCCUCUGCAAAAGGCCUCCUUCGAGGUGUUGCUGCACACCAUGCUGGUUGUCUUCCCCUUUGGAAGUCAUUUAUUGAAGAACUUUUUCAAAGGGGGCUUGUGAAGGUUGUUUUUGCCACGGAAACUCUUGCUGCUGGAAUCAACAUGCCUGCAAGAACAGCUGUUAUUUCAUCUCUAAGCAAAAGGACUGAAACUGGCCGUACUCUUUUGAAUUCAAAUGAACUGCUCCAAAUGGCAGGACGUGCUGGCCGUAGAGGCAUUGAUGAAAGGGGUCAUGUUGUUCUUGUUCAGACUCCAUACGAAGGGGCUGAAGAAUGCUGCAAAGUUCUCUUUUCUGGACUUGAACCUCUAGUGUCACAGUUUACAGCUUCAUAUGGGAUGGUGCUUAAUCUACUUGCAGGGGCAAAAGUUACAAGUAGCUCAUCCGCAUCAGAUGACUCAAAUGUCUCACGCUCUGGACGGACACUCGAAGAAGCAAGGAAGUUGGUUGAGCAAAGUUUUGGAAAUUAUGUAGGGAGCAAUGUCAUGCUUGCUGCAAAAGAGGAACUUGCUAGAAUACAAAAUGAAAUACAAAUACUGGCUUCAGAAAUUACUGAUGAAGCUAUUGAUAAGAAGAGCAGGAAGCUUUUGUCGCAAUCAGCUUACAAGGAGAUUGCUGAUCUUCAGGAAGAACUAAGGGCAGAAAAACGGGUUCGGACUGAACUUCGGAGAAGGAUGGAACUUGAGAGAAUUUUUUCUUUAAAGCCUUUACUCGAGGAGCUUGGAAAUGGGCAUUUACCUUUUAUGUGCCUGCAGCAUACUGGUUGGGGAAGGUUGAUUCUUUGAACUCUUCAAAAGUAAAAAAUACGGUUCAUGAAUCUGAUUCUUUUGCACUAAAUGAUGACAUUUUUUCAAGCGAUGCUAAGUCUGGACAUGCCGUUGAGCCAUCUUACCAUGUAGCUCUCGGUUCAGAUAACUCUUGGUACCUUUUCACAGAGAAGUGGAUAAAAACAGUCUACAAAACUGGGUUUCCCAAUGUUGCCUUGGCUCCGGGGGAUGCUUUGCCUCGUGAAAUAAUGACAAUUCUGCUUGACAAGGAAGAUGUGCAGUGGCAAAAGGUUGCGGAAUCAGAACUUGGUGGUCUUUGGUCCAUGGAAGGAUCUCUUGAAACGUGGUCUUGGAGUCUAAAUGUGCCAGUGUUGAGUAGUCUUUCUAAAGAUGAUGAGGUUUUGGAGUUCUCUGAAACAUAUCAAAAUGUUGUGGAAUGCUACAAGGACCAAAGAAACAAGGUUUCACGUCUGAAGAAAAAGAUAGCACGUACAGAAGGCUUCAGAGAAUAUAAGAAGAUUAUAGAUGUUGCUAAGUUUACUGAAGAGAAGAUAAGGAGAUUGAAGACUAGAUCACGACGUUUGAUCACUCGUAUUGAGCAGAUUGAACCAUCUGGCUGGAAGGAGUUUCUGCAGAUCAGCAAUGUCAUACGUGAAGUUAGGGCAUUGGAUAUCAACUCCCAUGUUAUAUUUCCCCUGGGUGAAACUGCUGCUGCAAUUCGAGGAGAGAACGAACUCUGGCUAGCAAUGGUUCUUCGAAAUAAAAUUCUCUUUAAUUUGAAACCUGCACAGCUUGCUGCUGUUUGUGGAAGUCUAGUUUCUGAAGGAAUUAAAGUUCGGCCGUGGAAAAAUAAUAGCUAUAUAUAUGAAGCCUCCACUACUGUUAUGAAUACGAUAGCCUUUUUGGAGGAACAAAGGAGCUCACUUUUACAACUCCAGGAAAAACAUGGGGUGAAGAUCCCGUGCUGCUUGGAUAGCCAAUUCUCAGGCAUGGUUGAAGCCUGGGCUUCUGGUCUAACUUGGAGAGAGAUUAUGAUGGAUUGUGCCAUGGAUGAAGGAGAUUUAGCUCGUCUUUUACGACGAACAAUUGACCUAUUAGCACAGGUACCUAAACUGCCUGAUAUUGACCCACUGCUGCAGAGCAAUGCAGUGAAAGCAUCCAGCGUCAUGGACCGACCACCCAUAAGUGAGUUAGUAGGAUGAAAGUUUUACCUCCAAACGAUUGCCGAAUCCACUGGUAUUAACUUCCAAAUUCUUAUAUACCGUAAGGUAUACAAUAUUUUUUGUUCUCUUCUGAUAAGAGAACUAGUUUUAUUUAUUCAAAGCAAUGUAAGUAAGAUACCAAUAUUUGUAUAGCAGAUAAAGGAAUAUCAUUGUUUCCAAAGUGAAGCUAAUCAUCUGGGCUACAUCAUGUAAUUUAAUGAUAACAUUUAUCGAUUACAAUUUUGGUUA